AGUUACAAGCCAUACAGUAUCCUGAUAAAAUAUUGCUAGUUUAUGGAAUAUAAUUGUUAGAAUAUUUCUGUGUUUUAUCCUUAGCUAAAUGUGUUUUGUUUCUGUCCUUUCACUUCAGGUAGCUUAUGCCAGCAGUGGGAUGCCUUCAUGCCUCAGGCAGUGGACGGUCUUAGUGGAUCCUGUGUGACGAUCCCCUGCACAUUCACCAUGCCCCAAGUUUGGGAUCAGUACCUGGAUGACACAUGUAGAGCCAUCUGGAAGAGAGGCAGCUGGAGUCGGACGCAGGUGUUUGAUUCAGGCCUCACUGGAGUCAAUGCGGGCUUAAACAUCCUACAGGGAAACCUGACGGGGAUCCUGCGUGAGAAAGACUGCACCACCAUCUUCAACAACUUGCCAUCCAACCAUUAUGACAACUACUACUUCAGGCUGCAGUGUGACAAUGAUCUGAAAUUCAACUUCCAAACAAGUGUCCUUAUCACUGCUCAUGAUUUAAUGCCCAAACCUACCAUAACUCCACCCAGGCUGGAGGUAGAAGAAGGGGGUCAGGUGAGGCUCAACUGCUCGGCUUUAGCUCCCUGUUUAGCUCUUCCGCCAACCCUGACAUGGGCCCCACAUCUAGGUGACAUUGAGGAGCACAUAGAAGGCAAUGUUGCAACCUCCAUCAUCAACUUCACCGCUUCUUACCACCAAAACGGUCAAAAAAUCUUCUGCAUCGUUCUCUACAACCGACAAGCUGGCAAAAGUGACCUUCAGUACGAGCAAAGUUUGACCCUCAACGUUCUUUAUCCUCCAGAUAACACCUCGGUCAGUUUCUCUGGUCCUGUAAAAGAGGGCAGCUCAGCGACUCUGACUUGUAACACGAGUGCAAACCCAGCUGCAGACAGCUACACCUGGUACAGAGUGGAUGGGGAUCAGGUGACAGCAGUGGGCUCUAAGAAGACGCUUACAACUACAGUCACAGAAGUCGAUAGUCAGUUUUACUGCAAAGUCAGCAACAAAGUGGGAACCCAGAACUCAUCCAUCAUUCAGAUAGAUGUACAGUUUGCUCCAAAGGAAACCAUGAUCCUCGUCAAACCUACUGGUCCAAUACUGGAGGGCAGAUCUAUUACUCUGUCCUGUAGCAGCCGUGCGAACCCAGCUGUGGCAAACUACACCUGGCACAAAGACGAUGAGGAGGAUAAAGAGCAUGGAUCGACCUUGGUUAUACAUGGUGCUGACACAAGCCAUAGUGGCAGCUACCGCUGUACAGCCAGAAAUGAGCUUGGAGAGGAAACGUCAGCAGAAAUACAGCUGGACAUCCAGUAUCCUCCUAAGAACACCUCAGUUUCAGUGGAUCCAUCUGGUCCAGUGCUGGACGGCAGCCCUGUAACUUUAAACUGCACAAGCACUGCAAAUCCAGCAGUGCUGAACUUCACCUGGUUUAAAGUGUCUGGGAGAAGGAAAGAGCUGGUGGGCUCAGACCAAGAUUUCAUCUUUAAUGUGACCAAACUCACAGAGAAUCGGUACUACUGUGAAGCUCGCAAUGAACACGGAGCUGGAAACUCAGAGCAUGCCAACAUCGAUGUCACAUUUGCUGCAGAGAUCCUGCCCUCUUCUCGCUGCGUCAAAGUUUUGUCUCAGAUUCGAUGUACAUGCGACAGCCAGGGGAACCCCACGCCGUCUGUGGUUUGGGAAUUAGCAGGGGUGCCUAUUAAUCACUCUGCUGACAUCCCAAUCAGAGAAACUUCCCGGGGGGACCAGGGGGUGUCCAGUCUCAUCACACUGUACAAUGUACGCAAAGAGUUGCCGUCCCUCAUCUGCCUCAGCAGCAAUUCUCUGGGCUCUGAUAGGUUUGCAUUCAACGUGUCCUCCAGCGAAAUGGAGCUGGGCCUCCAUACUUUCUCUCUUUUGAUCGGCUCUGCUGCAGGAGCACUGGGAAUGCUGCUGUUUUGUGUCCCAUUGGUGCUAUUCUUGGUCAGGAAAAGGAAAGACGGAUUUUUGUCAGGGAAGGGAUUUGUGGAAACUUCAAACUUGAUGAGCAAUAAUGAGAACAACUCUUUACAAGUGGAUGUAAUUUAUGUCAAUAAUGCUAUGAUGGAGGAAGAAGGAGUGGUGAAGGAGAACCCUCUUCUCAAUGCUGAUCUGGACUUUGACAAACUCCAGGCAAACUCAGAAGAUCAGCUUGGAGAAGGAGAUUUGUUCUACAAGACUGAUUAUGCAGAGAUUCGCCCGCGCAUCGAAGAAAACAAUGAAGGAGAUGCAAAGUCGGAUCAGACAGUAACAGAUGGUGUUUCGGGACAAGAGAACGAUACCGAGGGUCUCAUAGAACAUGCCAGUGAAAUAGAUUAAUGAAAAACAAGAUUCUGGGCUACAGAGAGCUGUAGGACUUACCAUGUCUUGCUUUGGUUUUCAGCAGGUAGCAAAGCUGAGAAAAAAACCUUGAGUCUGCAUCAAUGGGGGUAGCUACUACACUGCAGGCAACUUUAUUUAAAAAGACUGGUGCCACACAUUUACACCGUGUCCUAACUGGGUGGGAUAAGGGCAAGCGUCAACUACAAAAUCAAGCAGUGACGUUUCCCCCAUCGCCCCAUUCCCAUUUCUCCCUCUGUUGCUCAAGCCAAGAUGGGUGAAGAUAUCAGAAGGUCUGUCAGGAAUAUUUACUUGAUUUUCUUUUAUUUCCUCAAAGUGGAUACUGUUGUGCGUUAAUACUAUUUAUCUGCAUGUUUAAAAUGCAGCUGGCUUGUGUCAACACGAAGGCAAAACUGUUUGGCUGUCAAAUGCCUGUCAAUACAAAUCGUCACAGGUAUGUUCUCCACUUUGAAAAUAAAGUGCUAGAUAACAUAUUUUUUUCCAAGAAGCAUCUAAAUUUAUAGGUCAGAUCCAGUGUGGACAGCAAACAUCAUGUGACACAAUAUCUGAUGCUCAAAUGCUGUUAGGACACGGUGUUAGCUCUCAGCUUUUAAUGAUCUGAUUUUUGUUAAUCCUUCAUCUUUACUGAGAAAAAGUGAGACUAACAAAACUAAACGAACACCCCAUAAAAUGUAUUUGCAAUGCAUAUAGUAGAUCUGUAGCUAAAGACAAAUAUAUCAGAGCCUAUCUGCAUUCAAUGGAUUAACCAUUAAUUAAUCCCUAUAGACUUUGAAUGUUUGGAUUCACUUUCAAAGAGAAAU